AGGCGGCCGGCGCGGCUGGCGGAGCAUGAGCGCCCCAGAUUCCGGCCUUCGCAGCUCUAGAUCCAGAGGAAGACUGGCUCAGGGAAGGAUAGGCACCAGCCCGGAGGAGCAAGAGUCAGACCUCCAUAACGGGACAGCAGCCGCUGUCUGCUGAGCACCAACCACAUGCCAGGAGGAGGGCCAGAGAUGGAUGACUAUAUGGAGACAUUGAAGGAUGAGGAGGAUGCCCUGUGGGAGAAUGUGGAGUGCAACCGGCACAUGCUGAGCCGCUACAUCAACCCAGCCAAGCUCACCCCCUACCUGCGCCAGUGUAAGGUCAUUGAUGAGCAGGAUGAAGACGAAGUACUCAAUGCGCCAAUGCUGCCCUCCAAGAUCAACCGGGCAGGCCGAUUAUUGGACAUUCUACAUACAAAGGGCCAAAGGGGCUAUGUGGUCUUCUUGGAGAGCCUGGAAUUUUACUAUCCGGAACUGUACAAACUGGUGACUGGAAAGGAGCCCACCCGGAGAUUCUCUACCAUUGUGGUGGAGGAGGGCCAUGAGGGCCUCACACAUUUCCUCAUGAACGAGGUCAUCAAGCUACAGCAGCAGAUGAAGGCCAAGGACCUGCAGCGGUGCGAACUGCUGGCCAAGUCACGACAGCUGGAGGACGAGAAGAAGCAGCUGACGCUGACACGGGUGGAGCUGCUGACCUUCCAGGAGCGGUACUACAAGAUGAAGGAGGAGCGCGACAGCUACAAUGAUGAGCUGGUCAAGGUGAAGGAUGAUAACUACAACUUGGCCAUGCGCUACGCCCAGCUCAGCGAGGAGAAGAAUAUGGCCGUGAUGCGGAGCCGAGACCUCCAGCUCGAGAUUGACCAACUAAAGCAUCGGUUGAAUAAGAUGGAGGAGGAGUGCAAGCUGGAGAGGAACCAGUCUCUAAAACUAAAGAAUGACAUUGAGAACCGGCCCAAGAGGGAGCAAGUUCUGGAACUGGAGCGGGAGAAUGAGAUGCUGAAGACCAAAAUCCAGGAGCUACAGUCCAUCAUCCAGGCCGGGAAGCGCAGCCUGCCCGACUCGGACAAAGCCAUCCUGGACAUCCUGGAGCAUGACCGCAAGGAGGCUCUGGAGGAUCGGCAGGAGCUGGUCAACAAGAUCUACAACCUGCAGGAGGAGGUCCGCCAGGCAGAGGAGCUGCGGGACAAGUACCUGGAGGAGAAGGAGGACCUGGAGCUAAAGUGCUCAACGCUGGGCAAGGACUGUGAGAUGUACAAGCACCGCAUGAACACCGUCAUGCUACAGCUAGAGGAGGUGGAGCGUGAGCGGGACCAGGCCUUCCAUUCCCGGGAUGAAGCACAGACCCAAUACUCACAGUGCUUAAUCGAGAAGGACAAGUACAGGAAGCAGAUCCGAGAGCUGGAGGAGAAGAACGAUGAGAUGAGGAUUGAGAUGGUCCGGCGGGAAGCCUGCAUCGUCAACCUAGAGAGCAAGCUCCGGCGUCUCUCCAAAGACAGCAGUGGCCUGGACCAGAGUCUGCCCAGGAACCUGCCGGUGGCCAUCAUCUCCCAGAACUUUGGGGAUGCCAGCCCCAGGACCAACGGGCAGGAAGCUGACGACUCAUCUACCUCAGAGGAGUCGCCGGAAGACAGCAGAUACUUCCUGCCCUACCACCCGCCCAAGCGCAGGAUGAACCUGAAGGGCAUCCAGCUACAGAGAGCCAAAUCCCCCAUCAGCCUGAAGCGAACCUCAGAUUUCCAAGGGCGAGGCCACGAAGAAGAAGGCAUAGACGCCAGCCCCAGUUCCUCCAGAUCCCUGCCCAUCACCAACUCGUUCUCCAAGAUGCAGCCCCACCGGAGCCGCUCUAGCAUCAUGUCCAUCACUGCCGAGCCCCCAGGAAAUGACUCCAUCCUCAGGCGCUAUAAAGAAGACGCGCCUCACCGCAGCACAGUCGAGGAAGACAACGACAGCGGUGGGUUUGAUGUCUUGGACUUUGAUGAUGACAGUCAUGAGCGCUCCUCCUUUGGACCCCCAUCUGUUCACUCCUCCUCCUCCUCCCACCAGUCCGAGGGCUUGGAUGCCUAUGACCUGGAGCAAGUCAACCUCAUGUUUAGGAAGUUCUCUCUAGAAAGACCCUUCCGGCCAUCUGUCACAUCUGUGGGGCACGUGCGGGGUCCCGGGCCCUCGAUGCAGUACACCACACUGAAUGGCGACAGUCUCAUCUCACAGCUCACCCUGCUCGGGGGCAAUGCACGAGGGAGUUUCGUCCACUCGGUCAAGCCAGGCUCCCUGGCCGAGAAGGCUGGCCUCCAUGAGGGCCACCAGCUGCUACUGCUGGAAGGCUGCAUCAAAGGCGAGAGACAAAAAGUCCCCUUGGAUACGUGCACAAAGGAGGAGGUGCACUGGACCAUCCAGAGGUGCAGCGGCUCCGUCACACUGUACUACAAAGUCAACCAGGAAGGGUACCGGAAGCUGCUGAAGGACAUGGAGGAGGGCCUGAUCACAUCAGGGGACUCCUUCUACAUCCGGCUCAACCUGAACAUCUCCAGCCAGCUGGACGCCUGCUCCCUGUCUCUAAAGUGCGAUGACAUCGUGCACGUCCGUGACACCAUGUACCAGGAUAGGCACGAGUGGCUGUGUGCACGGGUCGACCCUUUCACAGACCAUGACCUGGAUGUGGGCACCAUACCCAGCUACAGCCGAGCCCAGCAACUCCUCCUGGUCAAGCUGCAGCGCCUCAUGCACAGAGGUAACCGAGAAGAGGCGGACACAACCCACCACACCCUGAGGGCGCUCCGGAACACCCUGCAGCCUGAGGAGCCACUGUCCUCCAGCGACCCCCGGGUCAGUCCGCGCCUCUCGCGAGCAAGUUUCCUUUUCGGCCAGCUCCUUCAGUUCGUCAGCAGGUCUGAGAACAAAUAUAAGAGGAUGAACAGCAACGAGCGAGUCCGUAUAGUCUCGGGGAGCCCGCUGGGGAGCCUGGCCCGGUCGUCACUGGACACCACCAAGCUCUUGACCGAGAAGCAGGAAGAGCUGGACCCAGAGAGUGAGCUCAGCAAGAACCUCAGCCUGAUCCCCUACAGCCUGGUGCGUGCCUUCUACUGCGAGCGCCGCCGGCCGGUCCUCUUCACACCCACCAUGCUGGCCAAGGCACUGGUCCAGAAGCUGCUCAACUCUGGGGGUGCAAUGGAGUUCACCAUGUGUAAGCCAGAUGUUGUCACCAGAGACGAGUUCCUCAGAAAGCAAAAGACAGAGACCAUCAUCUACUCCCGAGAGAAGAACCCCAACACUUUCGAAUGUAUUGUUCCCGCCAACAUCGAAGCUGUGGCCGCCAAGGACAAACACUGUCUUCUGGAGGCCGGGAUCAGCUGCACCAGAGACUUGAUCAAGUCCAGGAUUUACCCCAUCGUGCUCUUCAUUCGGGUGUCAGAGAAGAACAUCAAGAGGUUUAGGAAGAUGCUGCCCCGGCCGGAGACGGAGGAGGAAUUCCUACGGCUGUGCCGGCUGAAGGAGAAGGAGCUGGAGGCCCUGCCCUGCCUGUACGCCACGGUGGAGGCCGACAUGUGGGGCAGCGUGGAGGAGCUGCUCCGGGUCCUCAAAGACAAGAUCAGUGAGGAACAGCGCAAGACCGUCUGGGUGGACGAGGACCAGCUGUGAGGCGGGCCUCUGAGUCUGAGCGCAGCCCCGGGGAGUGUCCGGACCCCAGGGGCCAGUGCCAUGGGGGCGAGGGGCCUCCAUCCACCCGGUCAGGGGGCUCCCCCGCCAGGGAACCCCGGGGCAGACGCAGCUGAGCGGGUGGACACUCAGGUGGGAGCGGGACGGGUUUAGGGCCCCCCCACCCCAGGGCUGACCUGGCCGAGUGGUCCUGCCCUAUGGAGUCAGCAGGGAGGCCGGGCCCCACGACAGACACGACGCCAGGCCCGAGGCCAGCGGCCCCGCGGAAGCCUGAGCAGCGGAUGAAUGUAACGCAUGGAACAGGGGUGCUACCCGUGGGGCAGGGACCCUGAAUGCCAGGGCACCCACCAGCCCUUGGGACGCUCCAAAUACACGUUCCCCAGGCAGGACAGUUGGGGCGGAAGGGGAAACGUGCCAUGCUAUUAUUUUUCUUGCAUUAAA